GCGAAGCUUUUAAUGCUUAUUUUCGUUAGGCGCUAAGAUAGAUUGUGGCGCGUAUCCGUCGUUGACAUACGUUUUUAUAAUAUGACGAGGAAAUCUUAAACCAUGGCUAAUAGGCGGCGUCUUACUGUAUCUGGUGAUCAUAAACCAGAGGAGAAAACAUGUUGGUCAACUCCCACUGUAUAUCAUGCAGCUAUUGUGAUAUUCUUGGAAUUCUUCGCCUUCGGAUUGUUAACCACUCCGAUGAUCUCGGUGUUGGAUGAAACAUUCCCCAAACACACGUUCCUUAUGAAUGGAAUUAUACAAGGGGUAAAAGGCUUCUUGUCAUUCUUCAGUGCCCCUUUUUUGGGUGCCCUCUCCGAUAUGUUUGGGAGGAAACCGUUCUUACUCCUAACAGUCACUUUUACGUGCUCUCCUAUACCACUGAUGAAAAUUAGUCAUUGGUGGUAUUUCACCAUGGUCAGCAUAUCAGGUGUCUUUGCAGUGACAUUUUCAUUCGCCUUGGCAUAUGUCGCUGAUAUAACGACAGAAGAGGAUAGAAGCUGGGGCUAUGGAUUGGUUUCAGCCACAUUUGCAGCCAGUCUUGUCAGCUCACCUGCAAUUGGUGCAUAUCUAGGUCGAGUAUACAGUGAAGAACUUGUUGUAGCAUUGGCUACAGCUAUUGCAUUUCUAGACAUUUGUUUUAUUCUUGCCUGUGUACCUGAAUCCCUUCCAGAAAAAGUACGCAUUGGUCAUUUAUGCUCUGUAUCUACACUGGGUGGUCCAAGUGGUAAAUUCUCAUGGGGCAAAGCAGAUCCUUUCGCAACCCUACGUCAAAUGACCAAUAAUCAUCUUGUCCUCAUGAUAUGCAUUACAACAUUUCUAUCCUAUCUACCAGAAGCUGGACAGUAUUCAUGCUUUUUUGUAUAUUUACGCUUAGUGAUGAGAUUUACUGAAGAAAAUGUAGCGCUUUUCAUUGGUGUUGUCGGUAUUAUGUCGUGUAUAGCUCAGACAGUUAUUUUAUCUUUAUUAUAUCGUGUGAUGCGACCGAAACAUGUGAUUAUAUUUGGUUUAAUCUUUGAAGCAAUCCAAUUAACACUUUACGGUUUCGCUACAAAUCCAGUAUUAUUAUGGUUAGCUGGUAUAAUCGCUGCUAUGGGGUCAAUCACUUAUCCGGCAUUAGGUGCAUUCAUAUCAAAUCAUACAGCAGCUGACCAACAAGGUGUUGGACAGGGUCUUAUCACAGGUAUUCGAGGUCUUUGCGGUGGACUUGGUCCAGCAUUAUUUGGUUUAUUCUUUUAUAUUUUCAGGGUUGAUCUCAAUGAACAUACAUCAGGUGUGCAUGCAACUACAAAUCAAGAUCCAAAUAAAUCUCUUAUACCUCCUAGUGCUGUUCAAAUUCUACAAGAGCAAUUAAUGCCUGGUCCACCAUUUGCCUUCGGUGCUGCACUUGUCCUGUUGGCAAUUAUAGUAUCAAUGUUUAUCCCUGAGAAUUCAUCGUCUGGCCAGUUAUCACAUUCAGAAAUUAUCACUGGUUCAUCACAUGAUUCCACCCAUGGUGGUGGUAGUCGAUAUGCCGGUGAGACAAGACUACGACGGAGUUCACCAUCAGGUCAGCUACAUCGAUCUGUGUCGAAUUGUGAAGCCAUCCUACCUGGUGUUGGUGCUGGCCGACUAGAUGACGAUUGUGAUAAACUCAAACUGAUGAUGAAUUCUGCUGAUGUGUACAAAUACAAUACGAAAGGCGAUUAUCCUCAUGGUUAUUAUCAAAUGUAUGAAGGAGAUAAUGGAGGCAGUGGCGGUGGAGUCGGAAUAUGGGGUCGUUUAAUGACAAGUCUUUCAGAUUUCCGUAAUCCUAUCUAUGUGAAACAACGACCAAAUCGUGUAUAUCGUCAAUCGAAAGGACGUUUUAGUACAUUGGGAAUUGUUGAACCAUUUCGUCGUUUAUUUAUCCGGAAGACACCAUACAAUGCAGGUGGUAGUUUUACAGAUAGUCAUACAAUGAUUGGUUAUCCAACUGAUAGUGAAUCACGCUUUCAGUAUUCACGACUACCAUUCACAGUGAUUAAAUCGAAUAAUGCCAAUGAUGACAAGAAGAAUUUAGAGGAUUUAUCAAGUAAAGAGUUGUUGUUUGCAAAUCCUUUAUUAUUAAAUCGUUGUGAAUCUGAAGAGGCAGCCGACUUGAGCAAUUAUCGUGCACAUCAUUUUCGACGUAUGUUUACGCCUACACAUCAUCAGAAUACAAUACCGUCUCCGGCAUCAAUGCUAGUGACUUCCUCUUCUGUCUCUCUUGGUAGUAAUAAAGACAAUUUCACCGGUGAUGAUGAUCCACAAUCUAUCGUGAAUUCACCUCAAGAUUAUUCUAUCAGACAUACUAAUGAUGAAGAAGAUACUUUGAACUCUGAAGAUGAACUAGAAACAGACAAGGCAAGCUUAUUACGUAAUCAAUCAUCAAUGUUGAUGACGGCGAACAAUAGUCCAACAAGAAAUACUGCGAUGAAACAAAAAUUUUUUAGCACUAGUCAUCAUCAUCAUGAGAAAUCAUCAGGUACAUGAUGAUGAUGAUGAUGAAGAGAGAAAAUAGAUAUUUUGAAUUGUGUUGCAAUAGUUCAUCUUCUUCUCUGACUAACUUGGAUAUCGACGUGGUGGUGGUGGUGGUCAAAUUCACCGCUGUUCAAUGCUUUCAAUGUGUGUGUGUAUAUGUGUGUGUGUGUGCGUUCUCAUGAUGUCUAACACAGUGAGCUAUAAAUGCAAAUAAACACCUUUGUACUAUUGUUACCCUUCCGUUCCUCGAUCCCCACCGUCACCCACUCUCACACUCAACCUUCUCAAUAACAUGUGGGUUGUUUUCUUUAUUUUCACUUUCUACCUCUUCUAAUUCGCAUAUGUGUACACACUACACUGUACUCACAGAUUGGUUGGUUGUUUUCACCUGAUUGUUGUUUGUUUGUAUGUUGGUGUGUGUGUGUGUUUCUAUGACAACUUCUACGGAUAAAAAAGUGGAAAAAUGUGUAUAUUGCUCGCGUUGCUGUAAUCUCUUUAAUUUCUAAAGCUCUUUUCAUAAAUAGUUCAUUUGCCUCUCAUCAUUGUAACAAUGGUUGUAUUAAGUAAUAAUAAUAAUAAUUACUGUGGAAAACACACCGAGUUCCCCCCCCCACACACACACACACACUUCGCAUGAGAAUACCACUUACAGAAGAAAGUGAAAAGAAAAUUCCCCCUUUAUAAUUAACCACACCCAACCCAGCCCAGACCAAACUCCACCCCGUCGCCCAUUUUGUGUUUUUAUUUCUUCCAAUAUCAUAGAUUUAUACAGCAACUACAACAACAACAUAACAUUUUCUCUUCGCUUUGAUCUGAUUGUGAUUAUGUAAUAUGUAACAACACGCCUUUGUUAUUUUGUCCUCUUGUGUAUUUUUGUGUAUUGUGUACGCGCGUGCGUGCAUGCGUGUGAGUUAGUGUGUGUGUGUGUAUGUAUGUGGUCUCUUUCAGUCAACGUUUCACACACACACGCGAUAACACGUGUUUGUAUAAUGAACAGUUUAAUUCCUCCUUUGUCUAUCUAUCCAAUUUAUUUAUUUAAAUAUUUGUUGAUUUUAUUUUUUUUUUCAAUUCAUUAUACAAAGUACAAAGUACACUUUUUCGUUUUUUUUCUUCAAAUUUUCCGUGUAUGUAUGUAUGUAUGUAUGUGUGUUUAUGUGCGUGCGUGCGUGCGUAUGCGCGCACGAUUGUCGGGUGUAAUAUUCAACGACGACAUACACCCACCCACGCGCCCCGUCCAUAUGCACACAAAUGCCAGCUAAAUAACAAUGUUGAGGAUGCAGUAUCAUAUUUUGCGUGUGUGCACGUGUGUAUGUAUCUUUGUUUGUUUGCGUGUGUGUAAAUCACAAAGAGAAAAUAAAACACACUUCUGAUGUUUUUCUAAUGACGAUAAAUAUAAACGGCCUUCUCCUCUCCUUUCCCCACCCACCCACCCAACUCCCCACUACUCUACUUAUUACAAUUAAACCUGCGAUGUGUUC